AUGCCAAACCCCCCACCGAAGGAAGAUACUUGGGCAUUUCAAAAAAUUGGGACAGCGUUCCCGCCAAAUCCUGUUAAAGUUAUGGGGGAACAAAAUAUGUAUGUCGCUUUGUGGUACAAGCAUGGAAGGCCAAUACACGGAAGAUCUUGGAAUAAUGGUGGUGUCGUCGAGUGUUCGUUUCCUUACAAAAAGGCUGAGCUAAGAACUCCCCAACAAUUAGAAGGAAACAUUCAGGUGUUGCAAUAUAUGGGCGAUCACAAUAGUCAAGGAUUCUGGUAUGAAUGGAUCAAGUAUAAAGAUCGACUUGAGAAGACUGAUGACCGUCAAUUUUUGAAAUGUGGUGACUCUUUUCCAAUCUAUUGGAAGGAUCGUGAGGAGGGAUCACUUCUUGGAUAUGUGGAUAACAGGACAGAAAUCGCUCUCUUUUCCUGCAAUGGAACUGUUUAUGAAAGGAAAGGACCCGAGCUUAACGAUAUGUACAUAAUCGUAAGAAACAUAAAAGGAGGUCCACCGUUCUGCGAAUGCGAUCAUUGCCCGAAAGCACCACCUCCACCUCCUGAACCUGUCCCAGGAUCUGAUUCAGGAACAGGAGAGACUCCAGAGUCUUCUUCAGGAGCUCCACCAGUGCAACCUUUAGGGCCUUGUCGAAGACAUCCUAUAGGACAUCCUUGUCCAGUGCAUCCUUGCAAGAUUUGUUCAACACGUCUUUCAAGACCACUUCCUCCAAGGGUUAUGAUCGACGAAUGGAUGGAUAUACGUGCUGGAGAUCCUUGGCCAACUAGAAAAUUGGUCAAAGCGCUUGAUAAAACUCUUGAUAACACGAUUCCCGGAGAAAAUCCGGACCAAUACGUCGCAUUGUGGUACCAAGCCGGAGAACCAGUUAUGGGACGUGUAUGGAACGAAGGUGGCAAAGUAGCAGCAAACUUCUGUUGGAACAAAAAUGAAUAUAAGGGAAAUGUUGGUUCUAUCCAGCUGCUUGUACAUCUUUCUGAGUUCGCACGUGGCUUUGACUACAGCUGGAUUCCGUUCAAACAGGCUGUGUCAUUCGAUAAAGACAGAGAGUGGAUUCCGGUGCACGUUAACAACGACAAAGGCGACAUUUCAUCUGGUGUCAUCACGUUUGACGGGAAACAAAUCCUUGGGAAAGUAGACGUCAAGAACGAGCGAUCAUCAGCAGGGUUUGGCGGAAAAGAAAACAUGCUCGUCGGGCCUGCUUGCGCCGAAAACACUGUGGUCUUAUGCCGCAAAGCAAGACGUGGUUAUAAAUUUGACUAA